AUGCGCAACUCAAUUGCCAGAGCUUCUCGACGAAACGCUCUCAACCAUGUGAACCUGAGCGUGCUUCCGGAUGUUGGAGAUCCCUGGCCCGAGAGUGGCCCAGCUGGGGGACAUGUCAUGGCGCGGAGGCUCUCAUGCCUUAUGUGCAGACGUCGCAGGAAGGUCUCCGCUGUGAUGAUUGAACCCAACGGCGUGCUGCCGGAAGUGGGAGAAGGCGGAGAGAGCGUCGAGCUUGCGCGGCAAAGCGAGGCCGAGAGCUCGUCAUGUUGGCUUCGCGAGUAUUUCCUGCUCUGUCUCCUAGUCGCAGGGCUGCCGUGUGCGGCCUCCGUUGUUCUUUGGUCCGACCUGGGCUUUGGCCAGGAGGUGUACACUUACUUCUUUGGUGGCACAGAGCACGGGGCGAUCUAUGCUGGACUGGCAGUGCUGCUGCUGCUGUGCCUGUACCUAUUGGACUUCUUUUGGCCCCCUCACCUGGAAGGCCAAUACUUCGUCCUCUGCGACAAGGACAUGUUUGUUGGGAGGGCCAUUGUGGGCAUCGCGGGUAUGCUGUUGUUCGCCGCAGCAUUAAAUCUGGCAGAGACGUAUCCAGCCGUGCCCAUCCAGUGCACGGUUCUGCUGGGCCCAUUACUGACCACGGUUGUGCGGGCCUUGACGCGGCCUUUGCCAGAGGAGCCAGAGCCUGUCUUCAACCAAGUAGGGCACGUGCACAGCAUGAGGAUGCUGAAGAUGCAGCGCUACGUUGGUUCGGAGAGGGAUGCUACAGCAUUCUAUGCUGGUAGCAUGACGGCUUUUUUUCUGCUUGGAAUUCUGACCUUGGCCGUCUGGUUGGUGUGGGCGCUCAACGAGAAUAUCGAUUUCAGUGACAUCACUUUCGGUGACGCCGAGUCGGCCCGCACUCCCAGCUCCCAGCUUCACGUCGCGACGAGGGUUUACAUAAACUUGCCUGUGCCUGCAUGCUGA